AUCCUGUCCAGAGACAUGGAGUUAAAGAACCAGAGCAGCAGCACCUCGGGCUUCAUCCUCCUGGGCCUCUCCUCCAACCCGCACCUGCAGAAGCCCCUCUUCGCCAUCUUCCUCAGCAUGUACCUGGUCACCCUCGUGGGGAACAUGCUCAUCAUCCUGGCCAUCCGCUCUGACUCCAGGCUCCACACACCCAUGUACUUUUUUCUCAGCAACUUGUCCUUCAUGGACAUCUGCUUCACAACAGUCAUUGUGCCCAAGAUGCUGGCGAAUUUGCUGUCAGAGACAAAGGGCAUCUCCUAUGUAGGCUGCCUGGUCCAGAUGUAUUUCUUCAUGGCUUUAGCAAACACUAACAGCUACCUGCUGGCCUCCUCCAUGGCCAUCGACCGGCUGGUGGCCAUCUGCAACCCCUUGCACUAUGAUGUGGCCAUGCGCCCACGUCACUGCCUCCUCAUGCUGCUGGGUUCUUGCACUAUCUCCCACCUGCACGCCCUCUUCCGGGUGCUACUCAUGUCUCGCCUCUCUUUCUGUGCCUCUCAUGUCAUUAAGCACUUUUUCUGUGACACCCAGCCUGUGCUAAAGCUGUCCUGCUCUGAUACAUCCUCCAGCCAGAUAGUGGUCAUGACUGAGACCCUGGCUGUCAUUGUGACUCCCUUCUUGUGCAUCCUCUUCUCCUACCUAAGAAUCAUUGUGACAGUGUUCAGAAUCCCCUCUGCAGCCGGCAAGUGGAAAGCUUUCUCUACCUGUGGCUCCCACCUCACCGUAGUGGCUCUGUUCUAUGGGAGUGUCAUCUAUGUCUAUUUUAGGCCCCUGUCCAUGUACUCAGUGGUGAAAGACCGGGUAGCCACUGUCAUGUACACAGUAGUGACUCCUAUGCUGAACCCUUUCAUCUACAGCCUGAGGAACAAAGAUAUGAAGAGAGGCUUAAGGAAAUUAAGGGACAGAAUUCACUCAUAGAAAGAAUGAAAUGAUACAAUAUCAUUAUUGGGAGAUGACCUAAAAGUUGACCAGGUUAUCCUUCCUCCUAACCAUUUUCUACAAGG